UGGGACGAAAGAAACCAUAGAAUAUAUUGGGAUAGAAUAUUGUGAGAAAUGCGAAAUAUGUCAACUGCCACAACAAAGGAAGGUUGAAGUUGGCUGUGCUGGAUUAAUGCAGAUUUUAAAGUAGUAUUGACUGUAAAGUGCAAUGAUGAAGCAGAAAAUUCUUGGUUGGGGAAGUUCCCAGCAUGGACAGCUGGCUGUUGGGGCCUCUGACGAGUAUGUGGUGUCUACCCCAACUUAUAUCCCAUUACUUUCCAAUGAGCAGUUUUGUUUGUCAAAGAUCAGCUGUGGAGAAAUGCACUCACUCUUUGUCACAACUGAUGGCAGCAUAUUUUCAUGUGGAAAUAAUGACUAUGGCCAACUGGGUCGAGAACACCGCAGAUCCAAACCAGAAAAAAUUGAACAGCUUGGUAAAAUGGUGGUAACGCAAGCUGCUGCUGGCAGUCAUCAUAGUUUGGCUUUAACAGCUGCUGGGGAGGUGUUUAGCUGGGGCGACAACAGCUCUGGGCAGCUGGGGAGGGGCCAAGUUGAUGAAGCUGUACAGAGGAUCCCAAAGUUGAUCAAGGCUCUAGUACCGCACCCAGUUGUACAGAUUGCCUGUGGGAGCUGUCAUUGUUUAGUUCUUACAGAUGAUGGACAGGUGUUUUCCUGGGGUGGUAAUAGUCAUGGUCAGCUGGGACAGGGUAUAAAACACAGUCACUUGGACACACCAAAGCCCAUCGUCAGUCUGAAGGGCAUCCCUAUUGCCCAGGUGGUGACAGGGGGCUCCCACAGCUUUGUACUUAGUAUGUCCACUGCUGUUUUUGGAUGGGGCAAAAACUGUUUUGGACAGUUAGGACUGAAUGAGGAAGCAGAUCAGUCUCAUCCGAUGCUGUGUAAAUCAUUAAGAGGUCAGAGAGUGAAGUAUAUAUGUUGUGGGGCUGACCAUACUGCUGUUUUAACACAGGAAGGUGGCGUUUUCACAUUUGGUGCUGGCGGGUAUGGACAGCUUGGUCACAACUCCACCGACAAUGAAAUCCUGCCGAAGAAAGUUGUUGAGCUCAUGGGGAGUAAAGUCACACAGAUUGCCUGUGGCAGACGGCAUACCUUGUCCUACGUACCUAACAGUGGGAGAGUGUAUGCUUUUGGUCUAGGUGGAAGUGGACAACUAGGAAUUGGAGUUCCUGGCAAUAAAACCAUUCCCUUCCCUGUACAGGGAGCAUUCAUUUCAGCAGAGGGAAAAUGCUCAGACGUGAUGGACCAUGACCAACCAUUACUAGUCAAGGAAUUGUAUGCUGGCGGUGACCACUGUUUUAUCAUCGCUGCUUUUCCAUCGAGUGAUGUUGGACCUACAGAUUACAGAGAACAUGAGCCCACCACACAGAUAGCUCGCCUUACACCAGAAAUGAUUACAAGAAUAUCAAAGCUUGAAGAAGAUGACAAUCCAUUAGUUUUCUUUGAUGAAGUGGUAAAAAUAUUUUCUACUGCAUCCUGCUUGAAUGCAUCAUUCCUAUUAGAACAGGAACACUAUGGCUGCAGCAGUAAAAAUCCUGGGGUAGACAUGACUUUGGUCAGGGAGUGUAUGCACAAACUGGGAAUGUCCAAAAAUACAACUGUGAUACAGAAGAUAACUCUAGCGAUAACCAGAUUGCUGUCUUCACUACCUCCGUCCCCACCUGAUGUGGAAGCCUUGCGGCUCUACCUCAUCCUGACUGAGUUUCACCUGUUUGAUCUGCCAAAACACUAUUUGACGCUUAUUGCACCCUUUGGCAAGUGUAUAAUGAGCCUAGAUAAGGCAGCAUCUAAAGUAUUAGAUAUUUGGUGGUCAAGAUUAAAGAAUUCAUUUUUUAGUAAGAUUGUGUAUAUUUACAAGCAAGUUGUGAUUUAUGUACUCCAGCUCAACACUACUACUUCAGAAAAUGAGAUGAGUGUUCAAGUGCUGAAGGUAUCAUUGGAGGUGCUGAAGAAGCUGAAUGCUGUGAAUGAGCAGCACGGUCAGAUCAUCCCGUACCAUCAGUUCUAUGUGUCAGAGCUUCGUGAACGUGUUGAUAUUGAGAGGGACUAUCUCAGUUGGUUGUAUCAGCCCAGACUAAGAAUGCCCCCCGUGCCCAUCCUGUCUUUCUGUGACUACCCAUUUGUGUUCGAUGGUGCUGCCAAAAGCUUGUUGAUGCAGACGGAUGCCAAUAUGCAAAUGAGGACUGCUUAUGAAGAGGUUCAUCGUCGUAACAUCCAGAGCAUCCUGUUACCAAUGACAAUAGAUCCAGUAAGUCCUUGUCUAGUGCUCUAUGUCUCCCGUACCAAUAUCGUGGGGGAUACCAUUGCUCAAAUUAUGAUGCAAGGAGCUGCAGAUUUCAAGAAGCCACUGAAGGUGAUAUUUGUAGGGGAAGAGGCAGUAGAUGAGGGUGGUGUCAAGAAGGAAUUUUUCAUGUUGUUGCUGAGGGAAGUCCUAGACCCCAAGUAUGGCAUGUUCAAGUAUUAUGAGGAGACUCGAGUAUACUGGUUCAAUCCUAUGACCUUUGAGGGGACUGAAAUGUUUCACAUGAUUGGAUGUUUGUGUGGCCUUGCUAUCUACAACUCGACCAUCAUACAGCUUGACUUUCCACUGGCCCUCUACAAAAAACUCCUCAAAAGGCCAGUAAACAUUGAGGACUUGAGGGAUAUGAUGCCUACAGUUAGCAGGGGUAUGGAGGAUCUACUGGAUUCUGAAGACGAGGAUAUUGAAAACACAUUUUGUUUGACAUUUGAGAUAACAAUGGAGAAUUUUGGGGAAAUACAAAGCAGGAAUCUGGUGCCUGGAGGAUCCCACAAAGCUGUCACUAAGGAAAACAGACAGGAGUAUGUUGAUGCUUACAUUGACUUCAUUUUCAACAAAUCAGUAGAUCAACAGUUUCAAGCCUUUUCGAAUGGUUUCCAUAAGGUGUGCGGUGGUAAGGUGCUGGAACUGUUCCAUCCCCAAGAACUUCAGGCCAUGGUAGUAGGCAAUGAGAACUAUGACUUCCAUGAGCUGGAGAAGAAUACAGAUUACAAAGGUGACUACCACCGGUAUCACCCGACCAUUAAACUUUUCUGGGAGGUGUUUCACGACCUUUCUCUCGAGCUUAAGAAGAAGUUUUUAUUGUACCUGACAGGCAGUGACAGAAUUCCAAUUCUUGGCAUGAAAUCAAUUAAAAUGGUGAUCCAGCCCAUGUUGGGGGCAGAGAACCACCUUCCUGUGGCACACACAUGCUUCAAUGUGCUUGAUCUUCCCACUUACAAUUCAAAGGAGGUGAUGUUACAUAAACUCCAACAGGCCAUAGAACAAACAGAGGGAUUUGGCCUAGUCUAGGUUCACCUGUAGGAUCUGAAAUCUUCAUGUGAAUCCUUUGAAUAUAAUGUAGGAUCUGAAAUCUUCAUGUGAAUCCUCGAAAUAAAAUGGAGGAUCUAAAAUCUUUUUACAGAACUAGUAUGAAGCAAAGAUUUUGGUGCUGACUACAUUACUAUGAAAAAGGAAGCAAUCGUGAAUUUAUAAUGUGAAGAUACUUAUUUACAGAAAUGAUGUGUUAGCAUGUGAACAGAGCAUAAUGAUGACUGAAUUAUAACUAGUUCAGGUGUGAUGGAUACUGAAUAGAAACUCUGUGUUGUCUCAUUAAACGUCAUCAUAUAAAUGGUCUGAUGGCUAGAAAAGAAAAAGUGCUGUAUGGGACAUUUUAUGUAUGUUAAGUUAUUUUUCAUCUAUUUGUCAAGAUGGUAAGACCAAAAUACUGUCACUGAGUCGAGCUGUCUGUAUAACAUGUGAAGAAUUGUCACUGAUUCCUUGUCACUGAGACGAGCUGUCUGUAUAAUAUGUGAAGAAUUAUCACUGAUUCCUUAUCACUGAGUCGAGCUGUCUGUAUAACAUGUGAAGAAUUAUCACUGAUUCCUUAUCACUGAGUCGAGCUGUCUGUAUAACAUGUGAAGAAUUAUCACUGAUUCCUUGUCACUGAGUCGAGCUGUCUGUAUAACCUGAAGAAUUAUCACUGAUUCCUUGUCACUGAGUCGAGCUGUCUGUAUAACAUGUGAAGAAUUAUCACUGAUUCCUUGUCACUGAGUCGAGCUGUCUGUAUAACCUGAAGAAUUAUCACUGAUUCCUUGUCACUGAGUCGAGCUGUCUGUAUAACAUGUAAAGAAUAACUGUUUGCACUGGAGAAGGUCACUGAUCAAUGCAGAUCAAGGAUUUACUACGGAUUAAGAUUAUAUUCCCAUUUAAGGUCAUAUCUACAGGUCAAGGUCAUUGCUACAUAUCAAUAUCAUAGCUAGAGAUGAAGGUCAUAGCUACAGAUGGAGGUCAUGGCCACAGACCAAUACAACAGUAACAGAUCAAUAUAUUACUGAUAUAAACAUCACACAGCUCAUAGGGCUACUCAUAUUAUCUCUGACACAAAGUCCGGACUAGAGCUUACUGUUGGACUAUCACAAUGUAUUUGUAUCAAUUCUGCAGAACAGCAAUAGAUAUGGAUGUGAUUAGCAACAUAAAUGGACUUAUUUACAGAUAAAAAAAUUAUUAUGUUUCAGUUUGCAAACAUUUUGAUUUAUUGGUUUUCAAGGAACUAUUUUUUAAAGCUUUUUCAGUGUAGUUGUAGGGAGAUAUUACAAUGGACUCAGUGUCGAGGGAAGUUUUACAGUCAGUAUCUAGGAUACAGGGAUUACCUAGUAUACUACUGAUUAUAACGAAUAGUGGUGUAAACAGAAUGUAGGAUGUGGAUGCUGAUUGUGACCUUCACUUCAUUGUUUGAUGACAUAGCUCAUACCCAAAACAUUUAAUACAUUUACACAGUCUAUAUAUGGAAAGUUCCCUGAGCAGAGAGCACAAUUGCUGAUGGUAUCUUCUUGUUUACCAGUAUUUGGUUUCUUGGGAUUUUUUUGACAAACAUCUUUGACACUAAGUGGGUGUUUUAUCAUUAGAUGUAGUUAAGGUACCAAUUAGAUUUUACGAUUUUUAUUGUUAUAUUUUGAUAUUAUCAUUCAUUUUGAUAAAAUAGUGAUGUAUGUCUUUGGCGUCAGAUUGGGAUGGGUAUAUAUUGUUCUGCCUUGCAGUGCCGUUCUCUGUUUGAUUACUUUGUUUAUUAAUAACUUCAGUUUUGCCUGGUUUAUUUACACAUCUGUUUACAUCAUUACUCAUUAUUUGCCAAACAACUCUGGAUCAAAUUAAACGUUUCUUUUACUGAAGUUAGAUGUACACUACCUUCAACUUAUCUUUUGGACGUCGUCAAAGCAUAUAAUCAGUUGAUGUGAAAAUUGAAACUAUUGCAAUUUCUUAGAAAUAUUUAAUGUGUUAGCUACUGGGAAUUGCUUCAAAAAAUCUUUUCUUUCUUGAGGUAACAGGGAGGGUCAAGGGAGUGACUUUUUUUGAAAUGAUCAAAAACGGUUUCAAUAAUUAUGAUUGUGCUAUGAGAUUAUAAAGAUAAUAGUGGUUACAUUACUCCAGAAAUAAUCUUCUGCAGUGAAGAAAUUCUUUCAAAUCAUUAAAAUUCUUGAAACACGUAUCAUGUUGCAAAAAUGUCACAUUUGAGGAAUUCUAUCUUUCAAUCAAACCAGAGACGUAUAUGAUCAAACCCAAUUACACUUUUGAAGGACAAAAUUUACGUAAUUAAAUGAAAAAAGUCCGCUUUGAAAUCAUUUGUACUGAAUAUCAAAAUCUUUGUCUUUAAUUAUGUCAUUUGGUUUUAUAGUUGAUAGUAUAUACAUGUAUAAUACGGAUUGUAAAUUGUGCACUUAACUACUCAAUGAAAACUGUUAAUACUUCCAAACUGAGGCAUGUACCCUUACUCUGAACAUUCCCGACCUUAUGAGCUAAUCUGUUUAUCCUGACAUCUGGUUCUUUAAUCAAGUCCUACUAAUUUCCACUCACCACUACAUCUUUCUGUACAUGCCAGUGUUGGUAUGUGUUUUGACUGAGGAUGUUUUACCAUUCUCCAGAGCACUGUUAAGUUGUUAUUGUGAUGUUUGUUUACUUAUGUGAUGUAUAUGCUUAAUGUGAGAAAAAAAUUGGAGAAUGCUUUGUAAUGCUGGUUGUGAAUGAAGAAUAAAAUUUAUGUUGAAUUAAA